AUGGCAGACGACAAUAACAGCAACGGGGAAGCAUCGUCUUCCUCCACUACGAUCGCUUCGUUGUCGCCACAAGCAGCAACUUCAGCCGAUGACAGAUCUCAGAUUCUCGCUCAAGCAACACGUUUCCUAACGUCCGCCAACAUCUCAGAAUUGGCUUCCGACGACGAUAAGCGCGAGUUCUUGCGAUCUAAAGGCUUGAGCGAAGACGAGAUCACUCGCGCUUUUCAGGACGCAAAGUCACCUGUCGCAGGACUCAGCUCCACGCAGCAAUCACAAACAACCGGCGAUAUCGACCCAUUCGAGCUAGCCAGACGGCAAUUCGACGAUCCUCUUCGUGCGGACUCCAUCACACCACCCCCAAAAUCAUACCCCAACUCACCGCUCGCACUGUACCACGAUCCACCUGCCUCUACAUCAGUCCAUUCACAUAAUGGUAAUCCGCAAGGCGCGGCCGAUCAGUCGGCGUCGCCUCUCACUCGAUACCAGGUGCUGUUGCAGUUCUUCCGCACACUCAGCUACAUGAUGAUGCUCGGCGGCGGUCUUACAGCCAUCCUUGUCUCGGCCUUCAGAGCGUAUAUCCUGCCCAAGAUUACGGCCAUGUUUGAUGCACGCAGUAUCGUUCUCAAGCACCAUAUCGUCCUCUUUGACAAGCUGAGAAGCAACGUCGCUAGCCUCGCAACAUACGUGCCCGUUCAGCCAGCGCGCAUUGGCGCCGAAGAGAGCAAAUCUGCAAACGGCGGGGCUUCAUCAUCUCUCAAAGGCGUUCUUAAGAAGGUACACUUCCACGACGAGCCGGCACAGAAGGAGAAGGAGAAGGAGGGCGUCAAGUCGACCCAACACGGAAGCGAGACAAAGUCAAAGACCGAGAAAGUUGUGUUGCCAGGCACAGACGUUGUAGUGGAUGCAAAGACACCUCUGCUUUCAGAAGCAGGCAAGGAGGACUCGGACGCCGACGCUUCCAGUCAAGAUGGAGACGAUGCUGAGGCUGGCGCGGCUGCGCCCAAGCUCGAGCAUAUUGAUGUAAUGACACCGAUCCGCGAGAGCAUGGCUCGUCUAGCAGAAGCGCUUAAAGGCGAUAUAUCUGGCCGUCCUUCCACCUCCACUACUACCCCAAUCGUGUCAAACUCCACUGCCUCUUCCACGUCCCGCUCCGCCCGAGUUGCUAGUGUAGCAGACGCUGGUUCCGGUUCAGAUGAAUGGGAAGAUGACAAUGAAGAAGAUCGAACGGACGACGACGAUGACGGACUCGAAUUCGACCCUUACGGCGCCUAUCAGAAGAAGCACAAGCACACUCAGUCUUCCGCAACUACUACUGCUGCUUCAGGUUCUGGCUCCGCCAGCCUCACAGGUCUCAAAGCAGCACUUGUUAGCUUGAACGCAGACAUUUCAACGCAUGCGUUCGCAGCUGCUUCCUCGUCUUCAACGUAUGGUGGAGGAGCAUUCAGGUUCGGCCCCGGAACCACGGAUGGCAAUGCAAGCAGUGCAGAGAGUUCCAAAUCAGGCGAUCUGGGACAAGUUAAGGCGGAGAUCCGAAGUCUGAAAGGUCUGCUGUUGAGUAGAAGGAACUUCCCGAGUUAUAAUGCUCGUCCGCCACCGUUGCCGUCGGCCAUGCCGGAUGCUAGAACUUCGUCAGCAGUUGUAUAG